CUCUUAUCGGAUGAAACUCUUUUUUGCAGUAAUUCAUAAUUGAAACCUUAGAAGAAGAAAAAAAACAAACGCUUGUAAAAACAUCAAUGGCAAUUUUAGUCAGCAAAAGUCAUCGUUAUUACUAGGUCGUAUGUAAUGAUAGUCAGCUAGUGAAAAUCAUAGAGGCAAUAACAAAGAAUGCUUAUUAUAUUGUUGAAUAUGGAGCGAGAAGAAAAGGGAAAUGGAGAAAUUGAGAGGGGAAAAGCUUUUUGUAACAUGAUACGAUAUAAAAAGAAAUGCAAAAGAUGAUGAUGACGCAGAGAAUAAUGUCAAAAAAUUAACAAUGAAAUAAAAAUGAAAGAUUAAUAAUAGAAAUCUUAUCUUUGACAAUCUUAACAUAGAAAUGAUGUAUAAUAUAUGCAUAGAAAUGACAGAUUUGCUUAAUGUUUCUGACUUUUUCUAGCCAAUUCGGAAACAUUGCCGUCUUCGAUCACAGCCGAUACCGUCAAGACCUAUCUCUAUGAACAUCCCGAGUUUCUCGAUUCGUUCAUUGAACAAAAUAUCACCUCGAACACAAUCGAACAAUGGAUGUCGAAAAAAUCUCAACCAACAGGCACAAUAUCAAUGCAAAUUCAAGGCCAGUCGAGUACAUCGACAUCAACUCAUCCGCAUCUUUCAUCUCAACCCGAACCCCAAUCACGUCCAUCAUCAUCAUCAUCAUCAUCACCGCCAACGAUUCUACCAGAACCUAACAAUAUUUCAUUAUCGACAACCGAUUUUCAAUUAGCAACAAAGCCUGGUAAAUAAAAGAUAAUAACAAAAUUUAUCCUCAUUGGUUGGUCAUGUUUGAUCCUUUCGAAAGUCUUCGACAUG